GCGGGGAGCUGUGCCGAGGUUCGCGGGACUCGGUCACCGGCGUCAAUGCCUCGCGGUGUCCUCCUUUGCUCGCUGAAAUAUUCGUCCUCGCUGAACCUGAUGCAGUCUCUCGACCAGCUUGAUUCAAUCCAGGUUGAUUCUAUUCUCGACGUUGUCGCCGACAUGGUGGACUCUAAGCAGCCCAAAGUCAUCCUGUUUGAUAUUGGCGGCGUGUGUGUUGUUUCUCCCUUCCAGUCAAUCCUGGACUACGAGCUGGGUCUCGGCAUCCCGCCAGGAUGGGUCAACACCUCCAUCUCGAAGACGAAGCCAAACGGAUUCUGGCACCGGCUGGAAACGGGAUCCAUCCCCAUGGACGACGCAUUCUUCAGGGGCUUCAAUCAAGACCUGAGUGAUCCUACUAGGUGGGAGCAGUUCUACAGUGAGCAACAGGCCAAGGAUCCUAGUUUGCCCAAGGAGACCCCCCCGGUACCAUCUAUCGAUGGGGAGAAGCUGUUCCACGAGAUGAUGAUCAACUCCAUCCCACCAGAUCCCUGGAUGUUCCCUGCCUUGAAGAAACUUAAGGAGAGCGGGCGUUAUGUACUCGCGGCACUCAGUAAUACGGUCAUUUUCCCGCGCGGGCACCCUCUCUGGAAAGAAGACUUCCUUGACGACCCCGUCCGUGGUCUGUUUGACGUCUUUGUUUCCUCGGCGCAUGUAGGACUGCGAAAGCCGGACCCAAAAGCAUACCAGCUUGCUCUCGAUACGGUCAGCGAGUUUGUCGCCAAGAAUGCUGAUACGGAGAGGGGACGAAGGUGCGGAUGGGCCGACGGCGUCACUGCGGGCGACGUCUUGUUUCUUGACGACAUCGGCGAGAAUCUGAAAGGUGGAAAGCAAAAAGGCUUUAGGACGAUCAAGGUCCAUCUGGGCCGGGCUUACGAAGCCGUCAAAGAGCUGGAGAAGAUCACGGGCCUGACACUGGAUGGUGGCCACCCCAAGAUUCCGGUCAAGCCUCGAGUGAAUGGAAAGAAGGCCAAGCUUUGACGAGAAGUCCUCUCCUAAGCUGUCAGAAUUUGGCCUUCCAGGGCGUUGUAUUCAAGGGGGGCAUGCUCAGCAUCGUCAUGAAAUGUCACCGUAGUAAGCGAAGCCUGUCGGACGUAAAGAACAUUUCGAAGUGAAAUUGUCCGCAUCAUAUAGGUGAUCUACUAGGAUAGUAGAUAUGUCUAGCUAGAACCAGCCGUCAUUGUACUCAUGAACAAGCAAACCAUGUACACGCUGGUCAGUGGCGUAUCGCGUCUCAGAGCUCCCCGCCCCCUUACCCCCUGCUACAGAGGCAUCAUCGACGCCAUCGGACACCAGACCUGAAGGCCAACGACCUACGGCUCCUGAAUCCGACAAGAGGGCAGACUGUUAUGGCUGGCCUUGAUUCGGGGAAUGCCUGGGUCGAUAACGAAUAUUUCUCCCCAAUGAUUAUAACUUUCAAACUGCCAGCUGCAGUCCUAAAUGCGUUUCGCGCUCCAACCAUCUCUUCAUUAAUUGUAUCUCCAGGAAUCGAAAUCUCAAUCAUGACGCACCGAAGAAGCGGACCAAGCCAAGCCCCCAUUACGUUGCCGGAGUCUCGUCAGCAUUCUUUCGCAGUGGCCGUAAACUCCGCAGGCGCCUCUAUGCGCUCUGAGGCG